AUGCCCCCUAUAUCUCAAGACUAUGUGGACAAGAUUCAGCGUGGCUUGUUUGCCUCGCGCCGAAGAUGUUUCAAAGCCACUGCGAGGGUCGACAUCUCCCGCCUCAUGUUCGAAAGAAGCUUCAAAAAGCAGAUGGACAACCAGAAGAAUGUCAAGAGGUUUCGACGUAUUAUGGACAUCCAGGGAUGCCAGCGAUUCAUGCAGGACUGCCAUAUUCCUGUGCUGAUCCCAGCUGCGGACUGGGGCUCUCGCGUUCGCCUGCAGCAUUGCGAUGGAUUGCUGGACCGGCUAGAUGUGGAUAUUGAUUACCACCUUCACGCGCAGGAUCAUCAGACGAUUAUUGAGGCCACACGAACAAAGCUAGACCCUACAAACCAAUGGUGGAUGGUGGAUGUCUACGUGGUUGAACAAGCAGGUCAUGGCCGCGACGGAAGUGAAUCCGCACAGGAUAUGUUUAUUCGCUCCCUCCGAGAACAGUACUCCAAUGACCGUCGGCCCCCGGACGGGUUGGUCUAUGAGCGAAUCCGGCGCUAUGAAGGUUAUCUGGAAGAUCCCAUCAAUCGUUUCGCAGCGAACAAUUGGUGGGUCAUGCUGGAGACCAUUUGUGGAAGCAAAAAGGCAAAAUACCUCCAAGCGUUCUUUAAGCACCCGACGCUACCCUAG